AUGAAGAACAUUCAGCGCCUUGAGCUGCCAGCCGCGGCAGACAUGCAUGUCCACUUGCGACAGGGCGAGCUUAUGGACUUGGUGGUGCCGACUGUGCGCCAGGGAGGAGUCGACACAGCCUUCGUGUACGAAGCCCAUCAACCCAAUUACCCGGUGCCUCCUCUGACCGCCGUUGACAAGGUUUUGGAAUAUCAGUCCAAGCUGCAAGCAAUUACCAAGGAUGUCCACUUCCUCAUGUCUCUCUUCCUUCACCCUUCUGUUACCCCAGAGGUCAUCGCUCAGGCAGCAGCAGCAGGAGUUAGUGGUGUGAAACUCUAUCCCCAAGGUGUCACCACUAAUUCCGACAACGGAGUGGCCGACAUUGAAGCUUUCUACCCAACCUUUGCUGCCAUGGAGGAACAUGACAUUGUCUUAAACCUCCAUGGCGAGGUGCUGGAGUCGCUCGCACCUCCAGAUACAACUCUGGAAGAGGCAUUCCUCCCCACGUUGAAGAAGCUCCAUGAAAGAUUCCCAAAGCUCCGCAUCGUGCUUGAGCAUUGUACUACUGCAGCAGCAGUCGAAGCUGUUCGCGCCUGUGGACCAACUGUUGGCGCCACCAUCACGGCCCAUCACCUUUAUCUUACUUCCGCCGAAGCCUGCUGCGACCCAUUUGCGUUCUGUAAACCUAUUCCCAAGAAGCCCACAGAUAGGGAUGCUCUACUGAGGGCCAUCGCAAGCGGCGAGAACAAGUUCUUCUUUGGAAGUGACAGCGCGCCCCAUCUACUCCAAACCAAGACAUCUGCUGCUCAAGGCAAGGCUCCUGCAGGCGUCUUCACACAACCGUACGUCGUGCAAUUGGUCCUGCUUGCGCUCGAGGAGGCCAUCGAGCGCGGCGUGAUCAAGGAGGGAGAGAUUACCCAAGAGAAGCUGGAGGGAUUCCUGAGCCGCAACGGACGCAAGUUCUACAAGCUUCCUGAAACGUCAGGCAGAAGAAUUGUGCUUGAGAGAAAGGGGGAGAAGAUCCCUCCCAGCGUAGCGAGCGCGGACGGCGCCACUGAGGUUGGUAUUUCUCGGGAAGGCGCGGAGGUGUUCAGCCUGACAUGGGUUUGA